UGGUGUUUUACCCCAAAUUAACACAACAUCAUGGUGAUGGCAAAGUUCACUGGUGGUGGCUUGAGCUACCAUGUUCUCACUGGCCAUUGGUUCAUGCUAUUUGCAUCUUUGCUCAUCAUGGCAGCUGCUGGUGCAGCCUACAUGUUUGGCAUGUACUCCAACGAAAUCAAAACCUCUUUGGGGUACGACCAAACCACUCUCAACUUGCUAAGCUUCUUCAAAGACGUUGGUGCCACCGUUGGAAUCAUAUCCGGGUUAGUGAAUGAGAUAACUCCACCCUGGGUGGUUCUCUCAAUUGGGAUCAUCAUGAACUUCUUCGGCUACUUCAUGAUAUGGCUCGCUGUCACUGGCCAAAUCACCAAACCCCAAGUGUGGUUAAUGUGUCUUUACAUUUGCAUUGGCUCAAAUUCUCAAACCUUCGCCAACACAGGUGGCACAGUCACGUGUGUCAAGAACUUCCCAGGAAGCCGUGGCAAUGUUUUAGGCCUUCUCAAAGGCUACGUUGGUCUAAGUGGUGCCAUCAUCGCACAACUCUACCAUGCAUUCUAUGGUGAUCACAACCCUCAGGCUCUUAUCUUGCUCAUUGCUUGGCUCCCUGCUGCUGUUUCCUUCCUUUUCCUUCCAACAAUAAGGAUCUUGAAUACCCUACACCAACCCAAUGAGAACAAAGUUUUCUACCACCUUCUAUAUAUCUCACUCGCCCUAGCUGGAUUUCUCAUGGUUUUGAUCAUCAUGCAGAACAAGCUCAGUUUCACAAGGUCUGAAUAUGUAGCAGAUGGAAUUGUGGUAUUUUUCUUUCUUCUCCUCCCACUUGUUGUGGUAUUUAGAGAGGAAUUUAACCAAUUGAAAACAAAAACACAAGGGUUGUCUGAUUCUACACCGCAGUUGAAAGUAGUCACUGAUGUGCCACACCCAAAUUCAAACGUGGAGCAAGAAGUACAAGAAAGUUCUUGUCUAGGGAACAUACUCAACCCUCCAAAGAGAGGAGAAGACUACACCAUUUUGCAAGCUUUGUUCAGCAUUGACAUGCUGAUUUUGUUUAUUGCAACAACAUUUGGUGCUGGAGGAGCAUUAACAGCCAUAGACAAUUUGGGACAGAUUGGACGGUCAUUGGGAUACCCUAGGAAGAGCAUUACAACAUGUGUGUCGUUAUUAAGCAUAUGGAACUACUUGGGAAGAGUAGUGGCAGGUUAUGCCUCUGAAAUCUUCUUGACCAAAUACAAAUUCCCUCGUCCCUCUAUGCUCACUCUAGUUAUCCUACUCUCAUGUGUUGGCCAUAUUCUGAUCGCACUUGGUGUCCCAAACUCUCUCUACUUGUCUUCGGUGAUUAUUGGGUUCUGUUUGGGAGCUCAAUGGCCACUAAUGUUUGCAAUCAUAUCAGAAGUAUUUGGCCUUAAAUACUACUCCACGUUGUACAACUUUGGAGCUGUGGCAAGCCCUGUUGGGUCUUACAUUCUGAACGUAAGAUUAACGGGUGUUUUGUAUGAUAAAGAGGCUUUGAAACAGUUGAAGGCGAAAGGACUCGCGAGAGAAGCGGGGAAGGAACUAAAUUGCGUAGGGGUGCAGUGCUACAGAAUGGCGUUUAUCAUAAUCACGGCUGCAACGCUGUUUGCAUGCAUUGUUUCGUUUAUUUUGGUGAUGAGGACUAGAAAAUUUUACAAAGGAGAUAUCUAUAGAAAGUUCAGAGUGGAAGAUGAAAAAUCGGGGAAUGAGAUAAAAAUUGGUAAUAGUAUUGUUUUUCGUGAAACAGAAGAAGGACACCGCGAUGUUGCGUAGCACCAGAAGCGGCUUAGUGGAACAAGAUAAAAACAAUAUUAGGAAGUGAAUAAUGUUUGAAAAUUCUCAGGUGUCGUUAGCAUGCCAUGGAGUUGCAAUACCAAGUUACCAUGUUUGAUUACUAUAGAGUUGUUAAACUGUCAUAUUUAAUAGAAAAUUAAAAUAUUUUUAAAAACAUUUAAAUGUAUUAAUUUAUUAAUAAAUGAUAAAAAAAAUUA